ACUAAAAAGCUCCGUGUCUUUCUUGGUUUAUUUUCUAGUCUUUUAACCGUCACUUUUAGUCCACAGGCGUGUUCGGAAGACUGAUUUCUCUUUUAUUUUUUUCUUAUUUAUGUUUGUUAAUUUUUAAGAAAUUAGGCUUAGUCCAAAUUCAAAGUUACUCCUCCACUAGCAUCAGCAAUAAACACAGUGAAAAGACAGGCCAUAGCCAUGACCAAAUACUUUAUAAAUCUUCUUCGUUGAGUGGAUUUCUUUCACUCUUGCACUCUAAACGGCGGAGACUUUUUCUGGGUUGUUCUCAUUUUGAGCUCUAGUGACAGCUUUUUUUAAGAGGCCUGUUAAUAGUUCCAUUUCUCUCUGUAUAUUCUUGGCCAUGGCUCUCUGUGCAUUUUCAUUUCCCGCUCAUAUCAACCGGGCAGCAGCUUCAGAUCCUCAAAAGUCUACUUCUUUUGCUUCCCAUUUGCUUGGUGGGACAGAUCUGCUUUUCCAGCCAUUACAUAAGCUCAAUCAGGUGCAGGUCAGGAAAAGGCCAGGUGGGGUUUGUGCAUCACUAUCAGAGAGAGCAGAAUAUCACUCCCAGAGACCACCAACACCUCUCUUGGACACUAUAAACUAUCCAAUACACAUGAAAAAUCUUUCUGUCAAGGAACUAAAACAACUAGCAGAUGAAUUGCGGUCUGACGUAAUUUUCAAUGUUUCAAAAACUGGGGGUCACUUAGGCUCAAGCCUUGGUGUGGUUGAACUCACUGUGGCUCUUCAUUAUGUCUUCAAUGCCCCUAAAGACAAAAUAUUAUGGGACGUUGGUCAUCAGUCUUACCCUCACAAAAUCUUGACUGGGAGAAGAGAUAAGAUGUAUACUAUCAGGCAAACUAAUGGAUUGGCAGGAUUCACAAAACGAUCAGAGAGUGAAUAUGAUUGCUUUGGCACCGGUCACAGUUCAACCACAAUCUCUGCAGGCUUGGGAAUGGCUGUGGGCAGGGAUCUAAAGGGAGAAAGGAAUAAUGUAGUUGCUGUUAUAGGUGAUGGUGCCAUGACUGCAGGGCAAGCUUAUGAAGCCAUGAACAAUGCGGGAUACCUGGAUUCUGAUAUGAUUGUUAUUCUUAAUGACAAUAAACAAGUUUCUCUGCCAACUGCUACGCUAGAUGGACCUAUACCACCUGUGGGAGCUUUGAGCAGUGCUCUUAGUAGGCUGCAAUCAAACAGGCCUCUUCGAGAACUAAGAGAGGUUGCCAAGGGAGUUACCAAGCAAAUUGGUGGGCCUAUGCAUGAACUGGCUGCAAAGGUUGAUGAGUAUGCUCGUGGAAUGAUCAGUGGUUCCGGGUCAACACUUUUUGAAGAGCUUGGACUAUAUUAUAUUGGACCUGUUGAUGGUCACAAUAUAGAUGAUUUAGUUUCUAUUCUCAAAGAGGUUAAGAGUACUAAAACCACAGGUCCGGUUUUGAUCCAUGUUGUCACUGAGAAAGGCCGAGGUUAUCCAUAUGCAGAGAGAGCUGCUGACAAGUACCAUGGAGUUGUAAAGUUUGAUCUGGCAACUGGAAAGCAAUUCAAAGGCAGUUCUGCUACCCAGUCAUACACUACAUAUUUUGCAGAGGCUUUGAUUGCAGAAGCAGAGGCUGACAAAAAUAUUGUUGCCAUCCAUGCUGCAAUGGGAGGUGGAACAGGAUUAAAUCUCUUCCUUCGCCGUUUCCCAGAGAGAUGUUUUGAUGUUGGGAUAGCAGAACAACAUGCUGUCACUUUUGCCGCAGGUCUGGCCUGUGAAGGCCUCAAACCAUUUUGUGCAAUCUACUCAUCAUUUAUGCAAAGGGCUUAUGACCAGGUUGUACAUGAUGUUGAUCUGCAGAAGCUGCCUGUAAGAUUUGCAAUGGACAGAGCUGGCCUUGUUGGUGCAGAUGGUCCCACGCAUUGCGGGGCUUUUGAUGUCACUUUUAUGGCAUGCCUCCCCAACAUGGUGGUCAUGGCUCCCUCUGAUGAAGCUGAGCUUUUUCACAUGGUAGCCACGGCUGCUGCCAUAGAUGACCGUCCCAGCUGUUUCCGUUACCCAAGAGGAAAUGGGUUGGGAGUUCAGCUGCCACCUAGAAACAAAGGAGUUCCACUUGAGAUUGGAAAAGGCAGGGUACUGAUUGAAGGGGAAAGAGUGGCACUAUUAGGCUAUGGAUCAGCAGUUCAGAGCUGUUUAGGUGCUGCCUCUUUAUUGGCAUCACAUGGCUUACGGUUGACAGUUGCAGACGCCCGAUUUUGUAAACCAUUGGAUCACACUCUCAUCCGCAAGCUGGCAAAAUCACAUGAGGUUCUCAUUACAGUGGAAGAAGGAUCAAUCGGGGGCUUUGGUUCUCAUGUCGCACAGUUCCUUGCCCUUGACGGUCUUCUUGAUGGCACAGUAAAGUGGAGGCCACUUGUUCUUCCUGAUCGGUAUAUAGACCAUGGAUCACCAGCUGACCAGUUGGCCGAAGCUGGUCUUACACCAUCACACAUUGCUGCGACAGUAUUCAAUGUACUCGGACAAAAAAGAGAGGCUCUUGAGAUUAUGUCCUCAAGAAACUGAAGAACCCCAUCAGCUUGAAUUUCCCAUAAUGUACAAAAUUUUGUUUUUCCUGUUACAUUGAUGUAAAAAGAAGAAUCACAUCCUAGGAAUUGUACUACUUUGCCAUAUAAUGUAAUAUGUAACAGAACAAUUUGAUUUAAACUUAUGAAGUAAUAUCUGAAUUUACAAAUCUUGGAAGUCUUGCCACCUUUGGCAUAAUAGUACAUUUAUGGCUAA